AUGUCAUUCCUAAUAGAUACGGGAGCACAGCUUAGCGUUGUUCCACCAUCACCCAACUUCACUAAGACUAACUCUUCAGUCACUUUACGCGCCGCUAAUGGCACGAACAUCAAGACUUUUGGUGAGCAAUCGUUAACACUGGAUAUUGGACUUAGAAGGACAUAUCAAUGGAUAUUCACCAUUGCAGACGUGAAAUUCCCCAUAUUAGGCGCCGACUUUCUGGCACAUUAUCAACUCAUCGUGGACCUCUCACAGCAGCCUGUCAAGCACAACACUGUACACAGGAUUCGAACUACUGAACAGCCUGUCUAUUCUAAACCUCGCCGUCUUGCGCCGGAUAAAUACAAAGAUUGCCGGGCCAAGUUCCAACACAUGCUCGACCUCGGGAUUAUUCGCCCCUCCUCGAGACCAUAUGCCUCACCGCUUCACAUGGUCACUAAGGCUCAGCAGGGCGCCUGGAAGCCAUGUGGCGACUAUAGACGACUUAAUUCACAAUACCCGAUAAGUACCCAGUUCCCAAUUUGA